AUGAAGUUUUGUGCCAACAUCACUGGUGAGGACUUUUGAGAGCUCUUUAUUUAUAUCAGUGGCACCCUUCCAAAGCUGGUGGGAGUCUGUGUGCUCUACGCUUUAGGCCUGAUGACCUCAGUCAUCUGUGAUGCCAGAAUGUGGUGUAUAGUGAGGUGGGGGGCUUCCACCACUUUGCGGGAAGAUGUUUUAGAAUUGUUGAAGGAGAUUUAUUUAGAGCUAACAUCUGAGCAUUUGUUCAGAACAACUCUGAAGAGCAGUGUAGAAAGGAUAGCAAACUUGGGUGAAGUGCUGGUUGAAACAAAUCUAAAUGGUGAAAUGAACUUCAGUGUAGAAACUGAUGUCGUGUCUAUUAAAAGUUAUUUUAACAAUCUUGGAAAUCCUCCAAAGUCUGCUCAGGAUAUGUCUCAAGACGGAAGCCUGGAGAACAUGGUGGGAGUGCUAGUAGAGAGUGGGAAGCUUCUGCAGUUUUUCGAGGGACAGCAAAUAAAUCCUGUAACAGCCUUAUGCAAUGUUUUGAGCAAUACUAUUCUUCAUCUUGUUUUGGUUCAUGAAGAUGUCUCUCUUCAGUAUUUCAUUCCUGUCUUAUAA